AUGCCGCUGCACACGCCUUAUCCAUCAAGAAAUCAUGUUACACGCGCAGAAUUAGCCUGUUACCGACUCGCCUACCGUCCGAAUUAUGCCAAGCCACUCCCGAUCGAUUGCACAAAUGCAGGAAUAGAUCAACGAUUGGUCGAGUUUAAUGCACUUCACUUUGGCGGACGCUUACUCCAGCAAUACGUGGUCGACACCUACUUUCGUGUCGAAAGAAAUCGCAUACAGUGGAUAAAGAGCCAUCAGCGUGAAAUUCAAGCCGAGAAAUACGCCGGAGUUCACAACAUGCUCAGAAGCUUGGUUGCGAAAAAAGAUGCUGCAAUUGGCGAAACAACCAUCUUACCGUCAUCUUUUCCCGGAUCAACGCGCUGGUACACCGAGAAUUUCGAAGACUCCAUGGCAUUAGUGCGAAGAUUUGGAUCGCCCGAAUUUUUUAUCACCAUUACCUGCAAUCCGCAGUGGCCAGAACUCCUGUCAGCGAUACGCAAUGAACUCAACGCAGCAAUUCCGGAAAGCCUGUUGGCUCUAACCCGUCCAGACAUCGCUGCAAGAGUCGCACGUCUUAAGUUCCGCCAAAUCGUCGAAGACAUCAUGACGCAUCAAAUCUUUGGAAGAGCAUCAGCGUACGACUUCACCAUCGAGUUCCAAAAGCGAGGUUUACCGCACAUGCACCUAUUAGUGAUUAUGUCGCCAGCGGACAAGAUUCACACCGCUGACCAACUUGACGAUUUUAUCUCGGCGGAAAUUCCAGAAGAUGAUCCGGAACUCAAGGAACUGAUCUCGAAAUGGAUGAUCCAUAACCCGUGUGGUGAUAUGAACCCAAGCGCUCCGUGCAUG